CGUUGUUUGUCUUGUAUGUGGCGUAAUCGGUAAAAACAAAAUAAAAAAAUAGUUCAAAGUAGUGGAAGUGUGAAAUGCCAAAGUGGUGUUGAGAAUUUUCAAAAAGAUAUAAAACUGAAAUUAUAAUUAAAAAUAUCGCGCAAAAAUAUUUUCAAAAUGCGCUCAAUUUGGCUUUGCAUCUCUCUCUUUACGAUCUCGUGCAGCGCUCAAUAUUAUUUCCACCAAUCAGCUCCACCACCAUAUCAGCCACACCAGUAUCUACAAUAUAACACACCACUGCCAGAUUUCAAACCAAUCUCUGAGCCUAAUCAAGAAGGUCCUCCACAUCCAGCUGUUAUAGCCAAUGCCGAGCGGGAGGCGCAUUUACCGCCAGAAUUAUCGAAGAGUCGGCGCUUUUACAGCAAUCCACGUAUCGCUGCGGCGUUAGCCAAACAAUCGCUUCUGACGCCCAAAGAGAUGGCAGUGAUUGAUCGUGAGGCCGAUAAAAUCGAUCGUAAUGAAAUUUAUAAAAUCUUCCACAAUGCAGGUUGGGCGAAGAGGAGAUAAAUGAAUUAAGUUGGCAUUGUUUGUUGCUUAGCCUGUGUUUAUUUGUUGUUUAUCUCUUGCCAGUUACACUCAUAUAAUAUGAUUUUCAUAUUCUCUAAGUUGUUAAAAAACUAUUUAUUGUUAUUAGGAUAAGGAAACUAAUAUACUCGUAAAAUUUUAAAUGUCUGUAUAUGAUUUUAAUUUUAUUUUAAGAAAUUGUCAAUGAAUUUUAAUAAAAACUUA